AUGUUUAAUCCUCAGCUUUCAGCGCGGCGCUGCCUCAUGGCCUGUCCGCUUACGGAGGCGGAUUCCAUCUCAGCUUCGCUGGGUGCAUGGCUUUACUUGCCCUCGGAAUACGUACAGGUGGCAUACCGACUAUUACAGCACUGCUUUCCUGGCUCUGUUGGAAGAAGGUCUUGGGUGGGCCUUGGCGCAAAGCGGGCUUGUUCCACGAGGUCGAUGACCUGCUCGUCAACGCUGACUGGCUGCGCCGCAUCUCAACGAAGCCGACGACGGGUGGGUUGCCGGGGAGGGGCAAUCGCCUGGCCCCCUGCGUCUCUCACUACCUUGGGUCUUGUUGUCCACCUGCAGGGAGGAAGUCGGGACUGCCACCACAGUGGCACAAAGCAUAGCAAGCAGUCAGUGGACGCUGCUCUGUACUCACGAAUAUCGACAGCCUGGGCACGUUGA